AUGGGCAAUGUGGUAAAUCCGAACACCCGGCACACCAGUGUCGAUAAUGUUAGCGGUGAGGAUCCCGCUCCUUGGAUGUCCACGACGGUCCGCUCCAAUAAAACAUGGAACGACCACCUUAUCGUGAAGGCGACAGGUUUCAGGAAGAUUAACGACAACACAGUGGUUAAUCAGUCAAAAGACCCGGAGAAAACAUAUGGAAUAAAGUGGAGUCGAGGCUUUUCUAAAGGCCGUCAUAUAUUUGAAAUAAGUUUUCCGACUUGGAUGCGAGGAAACCAUGCAAGUGUAGGGAUUGCAAACGAAAUAGCACCGAUCUACCAUCAUAAAAGUGUUGCCCUGGUAGGAGAAACGCAGGACUCUUGGGGCAUUGAUCUUGUGACGUCACGAACAGUUCACAAGGGAAAGGAAAUAUCAAAAUAUCCCAAGGGAAAUAGAUGUCAAUUACCGGAUAGGUUUUACAUGUAUAUCGAUAUCCCUGAACGGAAACUGUUAUUCGGAGCUGAUGGGGUAUUUUACGGCAGUGCAUUUUCCGGUAUGGACAUUGAGGGACAGACUGUAUAUCCUAUGAUAUCAGCUACGUCACCAGGGGCAACAGUCACCAUGGUGUACAGAGGCAAAGGCAUUAUUGUGACAGGUCCUAUCCGCAAGACAAGAUGACAUUACAACUUCCGGUUCAACUGCG